AAAGAGACUAACGCUUUUUAUUAUGGUCAACAGGGUCGCUGUGAAGCUCCUCUAUGAUAUUGAGCAUCCCUUUUUUAAUACUCGCCCUUAUUUAUACGCAUUAUUUACACGCACGAUGGGCCAUUGAUGCUGUCUGACGUUACCUAGAUCGAGAUAGUUAUAUAAAUAACUUAUUAGAGAUUAAACUUUGAAUAAUGAAGGUAAUAAAUGUUAAUACUAUUCUCGUGCUCAUAUCCUUAGGAGUAUUAUGUUUUAGUAAUCCGCAUUAUAAAGGGAAUAAAAGGCGUUUUAUAAGACAAGUUGACGGUACAACGACGGCAGAACCAAAGAUUGGUUUAAACAAUACUGCUUUGAUGAGUAGUAAUGACAGUGUAAGUACAACAAUGAAAAUAAAGACUGCUCUGCAAAAAGACAGAGAGACAACGACAACAUCUCCGUACCGUGAAACCACCAGCAGUAAAACGACAACUCAAAGCAUUGAUAAGUUACAAUAUGAACGUUAUACAACAAUGAAUCAGAAUCGUCAUACAACGAGUACAACAACUGCAAUGCCAAUUUCACUAGAUAUUUCAUCUUCAGUAUCUUCAUUUGUACCACGUCAAUUUGAUGUCCUGAGCUUCAUAGGUGGAUCUCUCUUUACAUUCUGCUUAGUAGGAUUUGGGGUUCUCUCGUGGAAGGCGUAUGCACUGCAUAUUGAACGUAGUUAUAGAACUAUUUAAUUAAAUAUAAUCGUAUUAUAUACUAAAAUAAAAAAUAAUUAUUAAAAGGUAUGAUCUCACGAAGAUAGAAAUGAGGAUUUAAAAGCACAAUAAAAAAUAUAAUAAAUAUACCAAAUAAAGUAAAAUGAAAUAAGUAUU